AUGGUUAACUUACUAUCGCUCAUUGUAAUAUUUGCUGUUAAUGAAAGACUCUGUGCCGCAGAUGGCGCCUCGAGUUUGCAUGGGACAUGGUCUUCAAAGUCAAAUCAGGUGUUCACAGGUCCCGGUUUUUAUGAUCCAGUUGAUGAAUUGUUGAUUGAGCCUUCACUCCCAGGAAUCUCUUAUUCUUUUACAGAAGAUGGCUUCUUUGAAGAAGCAGCAUACCAAGUUUCGUCAAAUCCUGUGAAUCCAAAAUGUCCACAGGCGGCGCUCAAUUUUCAACACGGUAGAUACGAGGUAUCAGAUAGUGGACAAUUAACAUUGCAUCCUAUCGAGGUUGACGGGAGACAACUAUACAGUGAUCCAUGCAGCGAUAAUGGAACCUCUACUUACGUUAGAUAUAAUCAGACGGAAACUUUCCAGCGGUUCUUAGUGGAGCUGGACCCAUAUCAUGGGAUUUACAGAUUGCAAUUGUAUCAAAGUGAUGGUUCACCUAUGCAGCCAUUAUAUUUGGCGUAUAGACCACCUCUCAUGCUGCCCACAGUGACAUUAAAUCCUACGGCUUCCAACAGUGAAGAAGUUGCUUCGUCUACUUCGGUUCAAAAUGAUUCUCUGAGACAGCUUGUGAGAAGAGGCUUGGAAAACAGACACAAAACUAACGCCAUCAGAAAAUCUCCUGACAGCAUUCUGAACUCUAAUGUAUUUUGGUACUUGUCAGCAGGCAUGAUAGGGGUUGGUUCGCUUAUCUUUUUAUCGUCAUGA